GGAGGUGGCUAGAGGGGGGGAAAAGCGCCCGGCGAGCCCCGAGUUUGGCCGCUUGUAGCAGCAGCAGCAGCAGCCGCCGCCCGCGAGCGCAGGGCCCCGGGGGAGGCACCUCGCAGCCGCCGCAGCAGCAGCCGCAGCCCGGCCCCGGCCUCCCCUGCCCGCCAGGCUGGCGCACCUGCUGCCCGCCCCGGCCAUGUACAGCGUGCUGGAGGGCGAGCUGAAGAGCCCGCAGCCCGCCCCGGCGGGCAAAGGCGGCGGCGGCGGGGCAGCGAGCGGCGGGGCGGCGGCGGCGGACCAGGACCGGGUGAAGCGGCCCAUGAACGCCUUCAUGGUGUGGUCGCGGGGCCAGCGGCGGAAGAUGGCCCAGGAGAACCCCAAGAUGCACAACUCGGAGAUCAGCAAGCGCCUCGGGGCCGACUGGAAGCUGCUGAGCGACGCCGAGAAGCGGCCCUUCAUCGACGAGGCCAAGCGGCUGCGGGCCGUGCACAUGAAGGAGUAUCCGGAUUACAAAUACCGGCCCCGCCGGAAGACCAAGACCCUGCUCAAGAAGGACAAGUACUCGCUGCCCGGCAACCUGCUGGCCCCCGGCGGGGCCGGCGCCGUCCCCAGCCCCGUCGGGGUGGGCCAGCGCCUGGACACCUACGCCCACAUGAACGGCUGGAGCAACGGCGCGUACUCGCUGAUGCCGGAGCAGCUGGGCUACGGGCAGCACCCGGCCAUGAACACCCCGCCGCUGCCGCAGAUGCACCGCUACGACAUGGGCGGCCUGCAGUACAGCCCCAUGAUGUCCACGGCCCAGUCCUACAUGAACGCCGCCUCCUCCUACAGCAUGUCCCCGGCCGCCGCCGCAGCCUACGGCCAGCAGCCCGGCACGGCCAUGAGCCUGGGCGCCAUGGGCUCGGUGGUGAAAUCCGAGCCCAGCUCGCCGCCGCCGGCCAUCGCCUCCCACUCCCAGCGGGCCUGCCUCGGCGACCUGCGGGAUAUGAUCAGCAUGUACCUCCCGCCGGGCGGGGACGCCACAGACCCUUCCAGCCUGCAGGGCACUCGGUUGCACAGUGUCCACCAGCACUACCAGAGUGCCGGGACGGGGGUCAACGGCACGGUACCGCUGACACACAUCUGAGACGGCUCUGUCCCCCGGCACAGCCCAGCCCCGCUCCCGGGAGAGCUGCUGGAGCGGACUCGGACUCAGUGCAACUCCCCGGGGAGACUCUUUUAAAAAGGAAGGUUCGAUGUCGCGUGUGUUUUUGUACAAAAAAAAAAAAUAGGGGGUGUGUGGACUGGUUUUCUCUAGAGCACAAAUGUCACCUGGGAAGUUUUAAACCCGCAGCCGCUUCUUUCCUGGUUUCUGAUAGGUUGACUCUCUAUUUUAUUCUUUUUAAAAAAAAAAUUGCAAACCCCGUUUUAAAGGUCUUGUCUAUUUCAGUUUGAGUGUAGCUGUGGACUGGACACGUGGCGGGCUUUCUUCAAGCUCCGAUGUUUACAUUUUUGUUUGUCGACUUUUUUUUUUUUUUUAAAUAAGUGGCCCUCUCCCUCCUGUGUCCUGCUGGAGGUUUUAUCUGAAUCUGUGUCGCUUCCACGACCUCUCCACGCGCGAGAGAGAGAGGUGGGGCGGGAGGAGAGAGAGGGGAACGCUGUGCGGGUCGCAAAUGCAAGGUCUUUUUUUUAACUUAUCGUAAGUUGUGUGUUUUGGUUUUUAUUUUCCCCUCAAGCUUGUACAAUUCUGUAACUCGGUUUGUGAAUUUGACUGUGCCACCCUUUUGCCAUCCCCCACCAGGCAACAAACGCUUUCGUUUUUGUCUCUCCAGUUUCUUAAAAGGCUUUAUCCUGUGAAACACUCCUCUCCUCCCCGCCCCUGAAUAAGAGAUCAAUAAAUUUUAUAACGGGCA